AUGUCAUCUUCAGAAUAUCCGAUUUAUUCGUACAAGAGGAAUAAUGCAGCUCCCAACCAGCAUCCGCAAUACAACAUUCCUACCCAUCUAUUACCCCAAGCGCUUUUAGAUGAGCAGAGACAGCGACAGAUGCAAGGGAGCAAUUCUCCUCAAAGAGGCCACAUUGGUCUUAACCAGCCGAUGCAAGGGAAUAACUCUCCCCAAAGAGCCCAAAUGGGCGUUAAUCCGCCGAUGCAAGGGAAUAAUUCUCCUCAAAGAGCCGAAAUGGGCCUUAAUCAACCGAUGCAAAGGAACGAUUCUCCUCAGAGAGGCCAAGCCGGCGUUAACCAGCAGAUGCCAAUACCAAUUCAAAAUGUACCAAAGCAACAUGUAACUCAGGGACAAUUUAUGCCUCAACAAGACCAAGGACAACCAUUCCAUAAUCAACAACAACCCAUACCACAACAACCAAUGUACGAUUCGCCGGAACGUCGCCAACAACAAUAUCCGCAGAAGGUUCAGCAAAAUGUACCUAAUUAUGAAGGAAUGGGAAAUGGAAGACCGUUUAAUGGUCCACGGAAUGCCUCACUCCUGUCAUUGACUUACGGUAAUAGUGGCAAUGGAAAUUACAAUAAGAGAGUAAAUAGUUAUUCGUCACAAGAAUCAAUACCUCAACCUCAACCACCUUACCCAGUUUCUGGUGGUUAUGUACCUAAUCCUAAUAAUUAUGGUCAGGAAGCACCACAAAUCCCUCAGCAACGCCGAACUGCGCGUAAAGCUCCACCUGGAUCUUUACCACCGAUCCAAACGAAUCAGGUCUUAGAUAGCAGCGGUAGACGAAUUGUAUCCUCCCCAAGUGUUCCUCAAUAUAACUCUUAUUCGUAUGCAAAUCAUUCUCCAAUAUCUCAAACUCAUUCUGGACAAAUGAAUAACGAAACUAGAGCAAAGUCGUUAUCGUCGACAUCGGGUAAACCUUAUCAACAACAACAACAACAACUGAGAAUGAAACCAAUACCGCAAGGCCAGGCAUCUCAACCAAGUCCACAACAAACCAAUCACCAAAACCACAGACCUGGUUCAAGUGGAAGUGGGUCUAGUUCAAGUAGUCAUUCUUUCUCACUUACGUCUAAGUCGAGAUCUUUUACUUCUUUAUCAAAGUUAUCGUCUUUGUCCACAAAAAAAUUCAAUUCUUCUACAUCUUUACAAGGAAGUAAAUUAGAUAGAAAUCCAUCAUCAGCUACCUUAAGUUCCCAAAAGACCGUUACCACCCCUAUGCCAAAGAAACCCAUUGUGUACCCUGCAAUGCUUUCUCGUGUUGCUAGAGUAUUCAAGGAAACAAUAAUUUUAACCAUCAAUACAAAAGAUGGUUUAGAAUAUCAUGACACAUUCACGGGUAAGAUGGCUGUUGAUAUUAUUUGUAAAAUAAUUAGAACAAAUGACCGUAAUUUAGCAUUGUUAAUUGGAAGGUCUUUAGAUGCCCAGAAAUUUUUCCGUGAUGUUACAUAUAAUCAUAGGUUGAGAGAUUCUAUUCAUGAGGUGUACGCUUUUAACCAUAUCUAUGGUGAAGUUGAAUUUUACCAAGAUUAUAACAAUACGAAUAAUAACAGUGCGAACAAUUCCAAGCAUGGAUCAAUAACUGAGGGCCAUCCUCAAUUUCAACAAGUUUUACUUCAACAAUUACCAGCUCAUACUACUAACAGUCAACCACCUACUCCUUCUACACCGACUAUGUCAAACGAAGGUAGUACGUAUAAUUUAAACAACAAUAAAGAAAUACCGGCUAAUAGUACUAGUGCUACAGGUGUUAAUGGUGUUUUCACAAUUUUGACAGAUUGUUAUUCUCCAACUUGUACACGUAACAAUCUUUGCUACAGUAUUGCUUGUCCCAGAAGAUUAGAGCAACAAGCUCGCCUCAAUUUGAAGCCACAAGGUGGAUUGAAACGUGCCGUUUCAAGAUUAUCCUUACAUGAUAAAGAAGAGAAUAAGACGUUAUGGUAUGAAACUGUUCCGCAAUCUAUUUUAGACAAAUUAGAUAAACGUGAAAAGAUGAGGCAAGAAUUGAUAUAUGAAUUUAUAUAUACUGAAAGGGACUAUGUUAAGGAUUUGGAGUUCAUGACUGAUUUCUAUAUUAUGCCUUUGCGUAAUCCUGCCAAUAAUAUCAUUCCUGAAAGAGAAAGGGAAGUAUUUAUUAGGACAGUAUUUGGAGGAGUUAGUGAUCUAUUGAGAUUAGCUAAAAAUAUGAGCGAGGCAUUGACAAGAAGACAAUUACAACAGAAGCCAGUUAUUGAUACAUUUGCUGAUAUUUUUGUUGAUUUUGUUGGAGGAUUUGAGCCAUUCAUUAAAUAUUCCGGGAAUAAGGUUUUUGCUAGUUUUGAACAUGAAAGACAGCAACAGGUAAAUAUGAAAUAUGCGAGGUUUUUAGAUGCCAUUGAAAAGAAACCUGAAUCGAGGAAACAAGAUUUGUCAUCAUUUUUAAUUAAAGGUAUCCAAAGACCUGCAAGAUAUCAAUUAUUGAUUUCUGGGAUUAUUAAAAAUACGGAACCAGAAUCUCCAGAUUAUAAAUCAUUGCUAAAGGCAAAAGAAGAAAUUGAAAAAGUUUUGGUACAGAUUAAUAUUCAAACAGGAGAAAGUACUGAUCGUCAUAAAAUUAUGGUGUUACACAGGUUAUUAGGGAAGCAAAAUUUGGAAACUAAGAAUCACUUUAAGUUGAAUUACAGCCAUAGAAUAAUUUAUCAAGUCACGUUGAAUAGAAAGAGAGAUAAUGAAAAGAUUGAUUUGUACUUAUUUGAACAUGCAUUAUUAUUGAUUAAACAUAAAAUCCAAAAUAAGAGAGAGCAACAUAAAAUUUUUGAAAAGCCAAUAUACUUACCCUUGUUGUUUGUUAACAGUGGUUAUGAUAUACCAACUGCAAGAUCGAUAAUGGGAAACAGACUUGAUGGAUCAUUGCUUUCUGAUCCGAACUUAAAGAACAAAGCUGAAACAUCCACCAGUUAUAUCAACACAAGUUCAAGUUCAAGUAAUAAAUUGCCAAUUAACUUCUUGGGGUUGGGUAGUAAUCUGGUUCACGCUACAUUGUUUGCGGAUGACAUGACCAAUCAGAACCAAGUUUUGCAACAAAUACACCAACAACAGAAAAAGUUGAUAGGCCAAAAUGACAUCUUUUCAUUAUCCAAAUAUGAGACUAGAAGAUUCCAUGGUAACAAUAAAAUUAACUGUGCGGUCCCAUGUUAUGGUGGUAAAAAAUUGUUGUAUGGUACCGAUUCAGGAGUGUGGGUAUCUACGGUGAGAUCUAUCAGUGCAACUUCAAAUGAAAAGAUUUGUUCUGAUCCUACAAUGGUUAUUAGCAAAGUCUAUGUCACCCAAAUCGAAGUUUUGGUUGAAUAUUCUAAGUUAUUAAUCUUAUCAGAUAAGUCAUUGUACGAGUUUGAUUUAUCAUGUACUGAUUCUUUGGAUCAUAAUAAGAAUACUAGAUCUGGAAAAUUAAUCUUGAACUACGUAUCAUUCUUCAAAACUGGUAUCUGUGAUGGUAGAUUAUUGGUAUGUGCUGCUAAACACGGCUCCACGCAUUCAAUUAACAUAUUUGAACCUACGAACCCAUUCGAUCAUAAAUCACUGAAGAACAAGAACAAGAAAUACGACAUCAGAGAAAUUUCGUUCAGCUCUGACCCGGUAUCUAUUUCAUUCUUGAAAACCAAAUUGUGUGUUGGAUGUACAAAGGGAUUUGAGAUUCUUUCAUUAGAGAAGGGUAAAAAGGAACCUAUUUUAGAUGAGGCUGAUCCAUCGUUAGAUUUUGCUACACAACGUGAAAGCGUUACACCAUUGGCCAUUCAUAGAUUGGGGAAAAAUUUCUUGCUCUCAUAUUCCGAGUUCUCGUUCAAAAUCAAUAGGAACGGUUGGAGAACCCAGCAUGAUUGGAGUGUUUUCUGGGAAGGCAACCCUCAGAACAUAGCAUUAUUCUAUCCUUACUUGUUGUCCUUUGAACCUGGCUUUAUUGAAGUUAGAGAUUUAGACUCUACUAAUCUAUUAAGGGCCCUUGUGGGUGAGAAUAUCCGAUUUUUACAUUCGAACGAACAUGAGGCUUUAUAUGCAUGUGAAGAAAAUGGUUAUGACAUAAUUGUAUCAAUUGACUUCUUGAACUUAAAACCAAAAGUUACUCAACUAUAA